GGCGAGAGAGACGAACAGAGGGAGGGGGUGGGUAGUUUCUGAGCUCAGGGCCGAGGAUUAGGUUGAGAGCAGCCCCGGUACGAUGACAGCAUCCAGCAAAUAGCCGAACCCGCAUCCGCCACAUCGCCGUCACCGUCCGGCACGAGAGGACGCCGUGGAUAUUUCCGAGACAGAAGAAUCGUUUGCUUUAAAUACACUCCGCAUCGCUGGUGUUUUAGGGGGACAACCCUCCCAGGCUGUCUCCUCCUUAGACCACGAGGUGGCCGCGCCGGACUGGGAUUGGCCCCGAUGAUCACGAGGACCCCCCUCCGCCUCUUUUCAGCCAAUCCUGGAGGGGCUGCGGAGCUGAUGUCUCAGAGGGCGACGGGGUCCUUGUGUUCUGGCGUCCUGACGGGACACGCUACAUCACGAUAAAUGGAGGAGAAGGAGCGAUGUAGGAGCAGGUCUCCAGCUCGGAGGGCCAGUCGGGUGCAGCAGGUGGUGGGAACAAUAAUACGACGCACCCGGGAGUCGCUCAGCAGAGAGCGGUUGCUAGGCGAUGGGAGGUCGCAGCGCUCCAACAGUCUGUCCAAUCAGAACUUCCAGGCCAAGCUGACGCUGCAGAUCACCAGGGACCCGGUCCUUGACAGAAGCACUGGACACGGCUUCACCCUCACCACGAACGCACCCCUGCUGGUCAGGGACAUCGCCACAGGGAGUCCUGCAGAUGGGAUACUGUUCCCAGGAGACCAGGUGCUGCAGAUUAAUGAUAUAGUGCUGGAGGAUUUGGAUGCAGAGCAAGUGGAAAACGUCUUGAGGGAUUUGGAGGAUUGCAUCAAUGUGACCAUCCUGCGACACAUGACAAAUCCCAAGUCAUCGAUUAUGUCAGCGGAGAAGAGAGCUCGUCUGAGGAGUAAUCCAGUUAAAGUGCGCUUUGCAGAGGAGGUGGUGGUCAACGGGCACACUCAGGGAAACUCUCUUCUCUUCCUGCCCAACGUCCUAAAAGUCUAUUUAGAGAACGGACAGACCAAGGCCUUCAAGUUUGACAACAGCACCACUGUCAAGGACAUUGUUCUGACUCUAAAGGAUAAACUGUCCAUCCGGGCCAUCGAGUACUUUGCUCUGGUGCUAGAGCAGCAGUACAGCAUCACCAAGUUGCUGCUGCUGCAUGAGGACGAGCUCAUACAGAAGGUGGUGCAGAAAAAAGAUUCCCACGACUACAGGUGUCUGUUCAGGGUGUGUUUCAUCCCGAGGGACACUACGGACCUGCUGCAGGACGACCCCACAGCCUUUGAGUAUCUAUUUUUACAGAGUGUUGGGGACGUGCUGCAGGAACGCUUCGCCGUGGAGAUGAAGUGCAACACGGCGCUGCGCCUGGCAGCGCUGCACAUGCACGAGAGGCUGGAUAGCUGUGGACAGACCAGGGCCUCUGUGAAGAGUAUUACGAAGGAGUUCGGCCUGGACAGCUUCAUAUCUCCCACGCUGCUGAGCAACAUGAGGGAGAAGGACCUGAGGAAAGCCAUCAACUACCACCUCAAGAAGAUCCAGUCGUUGCUAGAGCCUCGCCAGAAGGUGAUUUCUGCUAAUCAGGCUCGGUUGGCCUACCUCACUCAGCUGGGAGAGCUGAUUUCCUACGGGGGCCGCUCGUAUACAGCCACCAUGAUGCUUCAAGACAGGGAGGUGCUGGUCAGUCUGCUGGUCGGAGCGAAGUACGGGAUAAGCCAGGUCAUCAACCACAAGCUCAACGUGAUUUCUACGCUGGUUGAGUUCAGCAGCAUCAGUCGAGUGGAGCUGCUCUCGGAGUCGGACAAAGUCAGCCUGCUGCGCAUCUCACUGCACGACAUGAAGCCGUUUGCCUUACUGAUGGACUCUCUGGCAGCCAAAGACUUAGGUUGUCUGCUGGGGGGCUACUGCAAACUCCUGGUGGAUCCCAGUGUCAGUGUCUUCCGCUUGGGGCGCCCCAAAGUGAGGGUGCACCGGAUCCCUGCUGAAGAAGGUGUGUGUGGGAAGUUCGCCGUAAUAGAGGGCGUGUGCUAUGAAUCCCUAUCAAGUUAUGUGUCUCGCUGCUGUAGUGACUCAGACGACUCAACAGAUGAGGACGACCCGAUGGAUUCUCAAAACUACAAGCGCCCGGAUCCUGCCAGUCAGGACUGGGAGGAAAGGAGGCGAGAGGAGGAAGAAAAGAGGAGGGAGGAAGAAAGGAAAGAGAGGGAGGAGCACAAGGGCAAACAGGAAGUGAAGAUAAUAGUGACAAGUGAAGGUAAGGAAAAUGAAGGCGAAGAGGAAGGAGCAACGGGAAGUGGCCUGCGAAAGUUUAGUGUUAUGGAUGAGGAAAUGAACCUGGAGACCAGCUGGUACCACACGGACCCACGGGUCACUAGCAGCUUCUCGAGCUUGUCCAGCGGCUCCUUGAGUGCCGCGCUGGAGGAGAGCAGUGCUGCAGCUAAACCCACAUCUCGUCUGGACGCACGGCGGGGUCAGUGCGCGGGUGAGGAUCUCCCCAGCCUGGACGUCCACCACCCCUACCUCCUGGAGCCAAAAUGCCACCAAGGGCCACUGCGACCCACCAACCUCAAUUACCGCAGCAACGACAACUCCUGCCUCUGCUUUGCUGAGCUCUCCAAGGCUGAUUUUCUUCCCAGCCCCCCCGAGGCUACCAGUGAGGACGAUGAUGAUGAUGACGAGGAGGAGAAUGAAGAGCAAGGGCUUGAGAAACUAAGACGAAUUUCUAAAAUUCCUAGUUCAAGAGAUUUAAGGAUGAUUGACAGCAUGCCCUUUCAAAGAUCACCCAUUAAGCGAAAGAAGAAGACUCCUCCCAAGGUCCCACUAAGAACAAGUUCAAUUCCAGGGCACAAAGCAGGACAUGCAGAACAUCGCUUCUCCAAGGAUGAAGACUGUCUAUUUCUGACUCCUUCACCCAACCCUAAACCAGCCCUUUUGGUCAAAGAGACAGCCUCAGAGUCCGAAGAUGAGUUUUUUGACGCUCAGGACAGAUUUACUCCACCAGUUCCUGAUCUGUCAGACGCUGAACUGGCUGACCGGCGAAACGCUAACCGCUUGAGUGGAACCUGGAAUGGCCUUCCAGCUGUGCCAGCGAGGGAGCCAUCGUCUCCUCUGACCACUAAGGCCCAGUCCGGCAAAGUUAAGAAAGAAGUGGAGACUUCCAAAAGUUCCACAAACCAACAAUCCAGUCCAUCAAAGCCAUUACAGAGACCUGCAGUUAAGGUCAAGCCACCACUGGCACCUAAACCGCAGCUGCCCCCCAAACCUCAGAUCAUUCCUCCUAAGUCUCCCCAACAUGGGCGCUCAUAUGUCCACUGCAAUGGAGAUGCCUCCGGACGUCUGUCUUCUGAACUCCUGGAAAUGGAGCCAGACACCAUGGAGUUCAAGUCUGUCACAUUUGGGGCAGGUGGACUGCCUCUGUCAUCACCCCUGAUCACAGCCGUGCGGUGCAACAGGCAAACAACGCCCGUCAUAACACCACAAACUGAGGAGAGGGCACAUGAGAAUGGAGCACAUGUUUCCAAAGACAAAAAAUACAUUCCCGAUGAAAAGGGAAGCCCCAAAGUUGAAGGGAAAAGCAGUGGGGCUGCCUCACAUGCAAAAAAGCCACUGAACCUAUCUCUAUCUAAUUCAGGUACGAAGUUAGCCAUCCCCCCGCCGGUGCCAAGCAAACCUACUUCGCCCACCAAUCUCCACCCGUUAUCACUCCCUGCUAGCUCGCCGGUAUCCCCCACUGAUUCAGGCAAAGGGAUCUUCAAUGAGAGUCCACCGAAUGGGCUACAUUCGUGGAGCAGUCGUAACGGCAGCGUGCAGUCAGGAACCCGGAGGGUCUCCCUUAGCCACGAGAGCUUGUCACCCAAAAAUACAGAAGCAUCCGUUACCCUCACCACGUCCCUCACUUCAACUAACUCUAAAGGUAUUGAAAGCAGAGAACCUGGAAGAUCUGGGUCAGGGUCUGACCUUCGGACCAGCUCCUCCAGUCUGGGAGGCAGACUUCCAGCUUCUGCUCUCAGAGGGAAGAUUCAGGCCCUGCCUUGGUACAUGACCCGUUCCCAAGAGAUUCUGGGAACUCUAGACUAUCCGUCCACUAGUUCCAUCAACGGGGACACAUCGGGAUUCGGCUCCGGUUUGUCUGUAGCAAGUGGUUUAUCAGACUUAAACAAAACUCCUGUCAAGGAAAAAGAGGCAGUUGAGAAAAGCAACAUUUUAGAAGAUGGGGCUGAGGUGGUCAUAGCCACAAUCAAAGAGGCCCAGGAAGUGACCUCACAGAUGAAAAAGGCCAAUGGGGCAAAUGGUUCACACCCUAACCUGAACUUUAGAGACCAUGGCACGUUCAGUGGCAGCGUGUCGUCGGAGCAGCCUCAGUCUCGGCCACAUUCAGCAGUGGGAUUGGGUGGAGUGUCCAACAUGCAAAUCGGGGGUGACUCACCAAUCUCCUCAGCCGCUGACACUACACCACCACAGCAGCACCGGGAAUCUUGCGGGUGCCGCACUGUUUAUGCCAAUUGUUUUAGUGGCGACACGGAGGAUGGCGUUAGCUUUGACGAGGAACUGACCGUUUACGAGUUCUCGCGCCGCACACGUCCCAAACCCGCUCGCCCUGCGCCCGUCGCUUCUCCUACAACACCCUCUCCAAAUCCCAAUAUCCUCUCACUGCUGAGAGACAAUCCUCGUCCCCUCUCAAUCUUCUCUACUGCUUCAUCCGAGCUAAGUCCAUUAUGUUCACAUCCGGUUUCCCCUUCAACCACCCUCGGUGGUCCUCUCCGUUCCCUUACCAACAAGAAUUAUGGUGGACUGAAGGGAGGUUUUGCCUCCCUGCGUCAAGAUAUAGAUCAGCUUUUACUAGUUUUAGAGAGGGGAGCACUAGAUCAACCACAGCAAAUGUUAUAUUAUGAGUCCAAGCAGGAUGGUAGAGGUAUAAAAGUGGAGCCUGACCUGAAUCACAAUGGGACUGAUGGAAGUUGUGCACCAACACCAAGCCCUAAUUGUACUGGGACGAGCACUACCCUGAUGACAGAGGCUGAAAGAAGUCUUCUCCAGGCGGAGGCUCGGCGCCUGGCAUCUGGCUGUCAGCGAGCCACACGUGUGGGGUGGGCUCCCGACGAAGCUCUGCGUUCUUUAUCCAACAGCUUCAGCGCACUGGUUCAGUUAUCAGCCGCUUGCCUGAGAACCAACCCCUGCCCCGGCUGUGACAGCUGCCAUGAUGUGAGCGUGGUGCACAGGGUUCAGGACGAUGAAAGCCAGGAAGCCAUGGACAAGCUGAAGGAGAUAGUGAGUCUGUACCGGGAGUUUGUAGGAGCUGUUGAGACAGCUGGAACUGGAGCUGGGCAUGGGGGCAAGACUGUGGGUCUCGCGGGAUCUGGGCAGGGUCAGGGGGAGAGCGACGGCGUGAGGCUACUGGCCAAGCGCUGUACUGUCCUCAUCUCCUCGGUAUUCGCACUCACGCAGCUCUUCCGGACACCCGCACUAGACACCUCGGACACACCUGGACACGUACCUCUCAACUUCUGAUCUGUGAACCUUUGUCCAGUAAUAAACCACUGACUCUGAAGUAGUUACAAGUGAAAACAGCACAGAGCGAGCUGGUGUGUUUCCCCUGUGUACAGUAAGUGCCAUGCACACCACAGCACACGAACAUGAACCCACAUCACUCACCCACAUGGAAAACACAAAGGGAGGACACUCUUCUUGAACGCAUAUGGACUAUGCAUUUGUACAUAUGAAUUUUAUAAUUAUCUUACAAUUGUCUUAUUUUAUGAUACAAUAUGUGUAUGUAUGUAAGGAUGAAUUACCCAUGUAUGUAUUUAUGUAUUUAUUUUUACAAUAUUUUGCACACCGUCUGAUGUGCAGGUCUCUGGUGGAAAACUACGGAUGUCACUGGAUUUUUUUUCCUCUCUUUGAGGCAGUAUUAUGUUACUUUUCGCUGCUUUAAAUAUUUCUCCACUCCACAAGGUGUAAUCUGUAAAUUGUCAUUUUGAUAAGUUUCUUACGGAGAACAUUACAGAAAAUAUACUCUGCUUUCAAUACACUUGGUAACACAGUAACUGAGUAACUGAUUUGUUUUACGUGUGCAGCGACUGCACCAUUACAGUCACAUUUAAACUGGACACUAGUACCAUUUCAAAGCAGGGAGAGCACUGUAGACUGUUACAGAUUGCACCUUUUUACGGGACACAUAACCUUGUGUAAAGUGUUUUUCUAUCCCUUCCUGGGUCCUGACAGACUCUUGAGUGAAUGCUUCAUGGAAAUACUCCCAUUACCCAAACAUAUGCAGUAUUAGAACAUCCAGUAUUCAUCCAAAGAACACUACAUAUAUAUUUUCUGGGAAUGUGUGGGCGGGGCCCCGGGAAGUAAAACAGAGGACCUUAUUUAUGUACUUCAAAACCUUUUUGACUAGGCACAAGAGCGACUGUUAAACUCUGACCAGAUGUAGCAAAUAUCCAAAGUCUUAAAACACUGAGCCACAACUGUUCCCCACUAUGGUUUUAGUUUUAAACACACCACUUUAUCAAUAACUGACUGACUGACAAACUGACUGACUGCUGUAUGCUGGGGUCAGAACUGUAGAUAUACAUUUAAAUCUCUGUGUCCUGUUCUGUCUCAACCUUGGUUUAUGGCUAUGCAAAUAUAUCCCCUCGUCCCCCACAUGCUGUGUUCUUGUUUUUGUGCUCACAUUAAAUACCAAUACCUGCAUUAUGUUUCUCUAAUUCCAGUGGGUGCGUUCUUUCUUCGGAAUGUUGGCUUCUGUCUUUUUUAACAAAACCUAUUCUGCAUCAUGGAUUGCAACAUACUGCAGAGUUGCAUGGCAUUAGCAUUUGUCAAUAUUCUGGCUCCUGUCUAUACUAAUGUCUGUGAAUUGUCAGUAAAAUGAUUACAUUGCUCGAUCAGUUAGCUGAUGUACAGUGGUCACAAGUCAUUAUGUCCAUAUCACAUGAAACCAGCUCAUUUGACAGGAUUUGCUUGAGCCACCUGUGACAAUGGUAAGGUAAUUAAGUCAAAUCAGUCCGCACAAUCUUAUACAAAAUCCAUGAGGGGAUUAAGAUGAAAUAGGAACUGCUCAAGUGUUCAUAGCUGGUGAGAUUAUAGUGAGAUAAUAAAUAAACAGGUUCAAGACUGUGCUGAAAACCUAGGGCAGGUCUAAUUUCAGCUGACAUUAAGGUAAAGACCAUUAGUAGUGUCCAUCGUAGCACUGACAUCAAGACAUGUUGUAUGUCUCAGGAGCAUCUUCCAUCCCACAGGCCCAGACAGUGAAGAGUGCCUGUGUCAUCUCUUUGUUUUUUUCUGUUUGGUACGUUUGUAUCAGCAGCAUCUCAUAUCCAUGAGGGCGCUGUGUUUCCACUUAAGCAUCACUUCUUUGUACCCACAUUCAAUGAAGUUGAUGUACCAAGAAAUGUGUUGUUUGGGAAUAAAUUACACACUGACAACGAAA